AUGGCCAGCCGUGCUAGACGCAACCAACCUGGGAGUCGCCCCGACUUCCCGUGGUAUUCUUUUCCCAGAAAUGUUGGAUCCGAGAUUUACACAAGAUGGAAUGCAAAGCUUGAUUGGCUAAAGCAACGAAAAGUUCAUGUUCCUGCAUUGGUAGACUGGUAUUGGAUGAGUGAAACAGGGUUAAUGGAAGCCAUUGAACCUUAUCUUGAAAAGGUUUUUAAUGGCAUUCAUGGCCAAUUUAUGUGCUUGGGGUGGAGACGUCUUUCAAAAUUUAAGAGGUCGUCUACAAAGAAUUGGUUAUUGAGUUUCUAG